AUGACCGUUCCUGCUACUAAAUAAUUAACUCAAUUAUUACCGGAACUUUCUGAUUGUGAAAAGUGUUUGCAAAAUAUGCAAUUGUUCAUAGAAUCUUAGAAUCGGCUGCCGCCUGCAUAUUGGCAUGACAGCUAACGAUAUUAAACUCCUAUCUGAUGCUACUCAACUAUUAUCUGCGUCUAGGUGUAGCAAGAACCUUCGACCAGUUAAAGCUAUUUUCAAUUCUAAAGAGCAGGCUUUACAGUUCAUUAAUGACUUUAAUGUCAAUAAGCGUAAACUCGAUACUUUUGGCCAAGUUAUCUCCAUUUCUAUCACGUAA